GUAUUGUUUGCGCUCCAACUUCAUCCCUCAUGUUUGUUCCCGUAUCAUGGAUCACGCUCUCCAAUCGAAUCGAAUCGAAACUCUGAGGUCGCAGUUCGUUUCCUGUUUUUUACUUCACUGAAUCUGUUCGUCUUUCAUUUUUCGUACAGUAGUUAAAUCUGUCCCUCUUUCAGUCCUUUUCUUACUAAAUCUGUCCAUUCUUCUUUCAGUCUUAACCAAAUCUGUUCUCGGAUUUCGUAUAUGGAAUAUGAUGUGUUUGUUGUGCUCGUUCGAUUCUGCUAUUUACGGCCGCUGUUCGUUCCUGUUUUUACAUUGCUGACUUUGUUCGUCCUCUUUUUGCUGACUAAAUCUGUUCUACCACCAUUUUUACUAAAUCUGUUGCUUCUGCUUGCACUUUGAUAUGAAUAUAAAUCUGUUUCGGGAUUUCAUGUAUGCUGCGCGUUUGAUUCUGCUAUGUACGGCCCGCUCGCAGAUCAUCUCCGUGCAUGGCUUCACCAAGCUCCACCGCUUCACCAAGAGGCGAAUCAUGGAGCACCUGGUGGGGCAGGUGGACCUGCAGCCGCCGCGCCGCUCCACGCUGCACACCGCGGCCCGGCUCUCCGCCGCGAGCGUCGUCGCCGCGCAGGCCGUGGCCGACGUCGCCGCGAUCGGCUGGACGGAGUGCCCCAUCGGCUCCGUGGCAGGCUUCGCCGGCUUCGGGGAGGACCCGCCGGAGCCGCUGGAGCCCAUGCCCCGGCCCGCCGACCACGUGCUCUCGCUGGCGGUGCGCCGCGCGCGGUCCAAGCGGACGCGCGGCUCUGCCUACCCGCGCCGUGCCGCGUCCGAGAAGGGGAAGGUGAAGGACGAGGAGGAGGAGGAGAAGGGGGAGAUUUGGCGGCCGCCACCGUCAACUCCACCGCUGCGUGUGCGCUCCCCGACUCCGCCGCCUUCGGCCCCAUCGUCCCCGCGGCCACAGACCAUGGUGCCUGCUCCGCCUUCGUCGCCGUGCCGUCGCCAGCCUAAGUUGGAGCCGAUCCUCUCGUCGCCACCACCACCAGGCAUCGACUCGCCCCCGCCACCAGGCUCCGGCUCGCCACCACCACCAGACUCCAGCUCGUCUCUGCCACCGCGCUGGAGCCGGCCUACAUUGGCGCCGCUCUCUGCGCCACCGGCACGCUUCGUCUCGCCGCUGCUCCCUACCCCACCAGUAGGCUUCGGUUCGUCCCAGGUGCCACCGCCGCCAGGCCCUGGAGCGCCGCCUACGUUCAAGCAUCAUCUUCAGCCUGCAGGACCGCGACCACUCUGGCGACCGACGGUGCCGCUGUCCAAUCCUGCACCGUGCCCGGGCGCGCCCUCAGUGCUGCCGCGACAGCAAGCGCCAUGGCGCUGGCCGCUUGCACCGCCGCGACGGGCACCGCCACAUAUGCAGCACUACCAGCGGCCGCCGCCACCCUGGGGCUGGAUGAGGCGGUCGGCACCUCCCCCUGUGCCGCCACAACACCCGCCGCGUUUUGAGGAGCAACAGCAUACGCCGCAGCCCAGGCAGGUGAUUUACUUUUAGCCCAACAGUAAAAAGUUUUAGGGACUGUGUUGUCUGCAUUGUCUUUGCCAGCUUGAGAGUUUACUACACGAUGACAGUAAAGUAGAGAAUUGAGAACUGUAAUUUACUAGCUUCUGUUUUCCUGCA